AUGGCAUCAGCUCUAGACAGUAGUAGUAAUAGUAGUAGUAAUUCUGCUAGUCGUUGUAGUUUUUCCAGUGAAAGUGUGGACAGCAGCAUCUCAUCGCCAUCAUCAUUAUGCAUUGGAAUCGAGAAGAAGCGUAAACAACAACAUGGAACGGGUACUAAAUCGCUUGAUACAGCCGCUUUGACAAGGACGAAGACAUGGAAGCGUCGUAGUAUUCUUAAUGAUGAGACAGAGAAUAAUAGGAAAAAGAUGGAUGAGGACAUAGCUUGGGAUGUACGUACACCAAAUAAACAAAUGAGCAUUGCCAACCUCAUUAGCUCACCACCUACACCAACGACAAGUGAUGAUAGUUUUUGGACUACUACAUCCGCUACUCUUACGGACGUUACUAUUAAGCACGAGAAGCUUGAGAUGGACAUUGAGAUGAUGGAGCUUCAUCGACCUAUUUCUGUCCCGGUCGUAUCGUCUUCGAAUAUUCCAGCAGCGUUCUUGGCCACGCAAGCUUUCGCGAGUCCGCGAGACUUUUUCGUCGCACCAGCGGCAGUCGCGACGAAUUCAAGUGGGAAGAUGGAAUCAGGUACAGGUACAACAUUAACGACGUCAGAAAAAGCCCAUGUCAUAUGUACGUUGUGUCAAGUGACGAUGGGCAAUAGGGUCUAUAGUCUCAAGAGACACUUGUUUCGUCAUCAUUCACAGGUUUUUCGUGUUGACAGUCCUGUGCGUAGCACUAAAAAGACAGAGUCACCACUGCUACGAACGAAUCAAGUUCAGACAAGUGAGAUUGUGAGCUGGAAGACAAACACUAAUGAUCAGCUUGAAAUACAGCUUAAGGAUACCUUUGGAACAGCCAGUGGAACGACGAAGCGCUGUAAGAUGGCAGAUACAAUGGAUCAGAACAGCACACCAGUGCAAAAGUACAAUGACGCUUUUGUAGGCUGGUUGCGCUCGGAUGUAAUUCCAAUGCAAGCGUUGCAGAGUCAGUUGUUUCGAGAGUUUUUAGCGCUUGUGAAUCCGACAUUCAUCAUGCCGCAAGUGAUCAUACAGCCACAGCAGCUUCACAGACUCAACAUGUUGGAGUCAAAUCAUGAGAAAAGCGAUGAUGCGCCACCCUGUCGUUCUGUUGACUUGAAUGCUUGUGGGUUGGGAACAACAGAGCCGCGCUUUAUGAAGGGUCUAUGUUUGCAAGGCAGUGGUUUACAUGUAGCUCCGAAGUUGAUCACGGACCUUGUUGUACCGACUCCGGCACCUGAUGAAGCACUAAUCGAGGUAUUGCGAGCAGGCAUAUGUGGGACAGACUUGCAGAUGAUUAACAGUUACAAGCCAGGAUUCAAGGGUGCACUAGGACACGAGUUUGUCGGUAUUGUUCGAAAGCUUGGAGCGCAGUACACAACCGAUGACCAUACACAACGGAUGUGGAUUGGCAAGCGCGUUGUAGGUGAAAUUAACAUUUCUUGCAACUCAUCAAAGUGUGUGACUUGUGCACGAUGCAGUUUAAAGUCCAAUCAAAAUGGUGACACUUUGACUCGAGAUGAGAUUAUGCGCCGCAACCACUGUCCCAACCGAUCGUGCCUCGGUAUUGUGCGGAAGGACGGCGCAUUUGCUCAGUUCAUUACUCUUCCUCUUGCAAACCUCUAUGAGGUGCCAGAUAGCGUUGUGGACUCGCACGCUGUCUUUGCUGAACCACUAGCAGCAGCUUGCCGCAUAUUGGAACAGCAAGUUAUCCAAUCAUCCGAUCACGUCGUGGUACUCGGAGAUGGCAAAUUAGGUCUCAUGGUAGCAGAGGUUCUUUAUGCUACUGGAGCUGCUAAGUCAAUUAUACUCGUGGGAAAGCAUAGUGACAAGCUUGCCUUAGCAAAGCAUUUCGUGAGCAACGUGUACACAUUAAAUAGUGGCGAUGAUGCAGAAAUGACCAAACUUGCAGCUCGAAUCGCUCAUGAUACAGAGUGCUUCGACGUGUGCAUUGAGUGCACAGGAACUCCUGGCGGUAUCGCGUUGGCAUUGAAGUUAGUGCGUGAACGUGGAACUGUGGUUAUGAAAUCAACAUGCUCGUCAAAGCGGUCUUCAGUGGAUGUUCGGGCGGUGCACAGCAAGCAACUACGACUCGUAGGCUCCCGUUGUGGACCCAUUCCAUGGGCAUUGCGAUUACUACGGGAUCGCAAGAUUGAUGUGCAAAAGUAUAUUCAUGGUGUUUAUCCGUUGGAGCGAGCCGAGGCAGCAUUGGCUCACGCAGCUCAGCGUGGCACACUCAAAAUCCAGCUCGUCAUGAGGUGA